UAGAGCAUGUCGCCAUACUGUAGCUGCGCUCUUGCCCCUGCCCUGUCUGUAAAGUCCUUUGUAUGAAUUGCGAGCAAACAGGCAAUCCUACCGUGCCCCAUUCGCUUGCCUACGACUGUAGCCGCUGGAUAGAAACAACUACUGUCGCUGCAAAUGCAUCUGUCAGAAAGAGAAAGACGCGCAAUAACUUCUUCAACAAUCGAGUGAUAGCCUACAGUUUUCAAAGUUACACCGUUUUACCUUCGUUUACCAAGUCCGUCGUUGAUAGUGCAACGUACGUUGAUAAUGUAAGUUUUUUUCUUUCUUCAGUAAAACCGCGAACGCAUGCGAGAGCAUCACUGUUUUCCAUUUUUAGCAUCCAACCCUAGACUUUUGCCCAGUUCGACCAUCGGUCUUUAUAGUACCUUCAACUUUUGAGGACUCAAAAGUAGACACCGGAGUGGAAAAGCUUGUGUGGAGAUUGAUGUUUUACUGAAAUGGACGUGAGAGUAUAUCCACCUCCACCACAGUCUUUACCAGCAACAGAUUCUUCCCGAUUGGGACCAUUGCAGUAUCCUGAUUCCUCGUACUGCAAUAAGUACAACAGUGAGACCAUGUUCCUGGGCAUGCCAGAGGCUGGCCUGGACUUUGUGCCAACCAACCAGUUCCGUGUGCCUCCCAACCCCCACCAGACGCAGACCAGCGCCAAGCAGACUGGACCCCUGUGGAAACGAGAAGGCCCUGCUCACUCCGAUGGCCCCCGGCUACCCUGGUCCUACCCAGUGCCCAGUUUGGGGGAUGAAGACUUCAACAUUCCCCCCAUCACGCCUCCCACCAUCCCAGAACACAUGCUGCACCCCCACCUACCAGAGUCGGAGUCUGGCUCCUACCACCCGCUGGCACCCUCUCACUCCCAGAGUGGCCUGCACCCCUUCCACUUGCAGGGAAUGGACAUGAUGGGUCAGGAUGGAGGGCUGUUGAGCCAAAAUGGCGGCCUAAUGUCCAGCACCCUGUCUGUGAUGCAACAAAUGGUCAAUUCCGAUUCCCGGUACAGCAGCCAUCAGCCAAUGGAAGCGCUCAGACCCAGGAGCCAAUCAGGCAUGGGACAUCAGAGUCAGCUGACCACCAUCAACCAAUCACAACUCAAUGCCCAGUUGGGACUGAGCGGGAACAACGUUACCCAUAAUUCCCCAUCUCCCCCUGGGAGCAAGUCGGCCACGCCCUCUCCUUCUAGUUCCGUACAUGAGGAUGACAAUGAAGAAUCAAUAAAGGCAGAGAAGCGACCGGCAGUGGUCGAGACUCCCAAAAAGCCCAAGACCCCCAAGAAGAAGAAGAAGAAGGACCCCAAUGAACCCUCGAAGCCAGUUUCUGCCUACGCCCUGUUCUUCAGAGACACCCAGGCAGCCAUCAAGGGCUCCAACCCCAAUGCUACCUUUGGAGAGGUGUCCAAGAUAGUGGCCUCCAUGUGGGACGGCCUCGGAGAGGAACAGAAACAGGUGUACAAAAAGAAGACAGAGACUGCCAAGAAGGAAUACCUGAAGCAGCUGGCUGCAUACAGAGCAAGCCUGGUCUCACAGAGUUACAAUGAGCCAGGUGAGGUCAAAGUGUCCCAGGCCUCCUCCAUGCUGGGCCCCAAGCCCCCCGUGUUCCCUGGAUCAGGCCACCAGCACCCCCAGCAGCACCCCCACCCCCAUCACUCCCACCCCAGCCUCUACAUGAGCCACCCCUACCACCACCAGAGCCACCAUCCCCACCCCCACCACCAGCAACAGCAGUCCCAGCAGCACCAGGCCGGCCUCAGCCCCCACCUGCCCCCCCUCCAGGGUCUCUCCCGGGGGGUGACCCCCCGGCCCAGUGGACCCCAUUCAGGUGGGGUGUCUCUGGGCAGCAUGGCGGCGGUGUCCCCGCCUCCUUUCCAGAUCAGCCCGCCGCUCCACUCCCACUCCCACCUAGGAAUGCACCACCAGCAACAGCUCGGAGGACACCCGCUGUCUCUGCACUCACCCUCAAUGGGACAGGGAUUCCCUCUCCAAUCAGAUUUCCAGAACAUGCUCAACUCGUCCGGUGGGCAGGGACUGUCCCCAUCCAUGGACUACAGACAGGUGUGUCGAAAUGGGCCCAGCCAGCACCUCGACUGGACCAGCGAAUACUGUGGCAAUGGAGCUCUUCAGAGAGACAAGCCUCUGUUCCUGACCUGAUCUGACCUCUAACCUCUACACACCUCCACUCAACCACCCAAUGGACCGGAUCGCAACCAGACCCGGUCCACAUUCAGUCCCACUCUUUAUUCACUGAACCAAGGCAUGAUUAUCCUCUCCCCCAGUAGAAAGUCCUUGACCACCACCCCCCACUCUGGCUGAACCAUCUGACCAACUGACCGUCACUCAGAAACAUGAAAGACAUAAGCACAUAUUGCAAAACAUCCAUAUUUUGAUAUUUGUGAUUCUUUAUGAUCUACCUUGAAAAAAAUCAUACUGAUGUCAUCAUGAGUGGGUUUCAGAUAGUUUUGUAACAAACACCCUCCCCGGAAAUAUUAGAUUUAAAAAAAAUGUUAAGUUCUGGACUUUUUAAUUGUUGGAUGGCCAUAGAGGCAGAAAGAAAAGGUGCUCAAAGAGUUGAACGAAUAGGCAGCAAUGUCAUAUCUACUGAUGUGUCGUUGGAUCGUUACUGAUAUAUCGUUAGAUUGUGUUUUGAGGAAGACAAAGCUGAUGACCAUUUUUUUGAUCAUGGCCGUUGUUGAAAUCCCAGAAGUUAAUUUAGCACUUAGGGGCUUUUGGGGCUUUUUUUUCUCCACACAUAGCAAGAUGUAAACCAAAACCCCAAACUAACAGACUUUUUAAAAGGAAAGACAAGAUGUUUUAGCCUUUAAAAGAAAUUAACAAAGAACACAUGUAUUAUACUUCUAUCACUCUUUCCCUAUGUCUCUCUCUCUCUCUCUCUCUCUCUCUCUCUCUCUCUCUCUCUCUCUCUCUCUCUGUCUCUGUCUCUCUCUCUGUCUCUCUCUCUGUCUCUCUCUCUCUCUCUCUCUGUCUCUCUCUGUCUCUCUCUCUCUCUCUCUCUCUCUGUCUCUCUCUCUCUCUCUCUCUCUCUCUCUCUCUCUCUCUCUCUCUCUCUCUCUCUCUCUCUCUCUCUCUCUCUCUCUCUCUCUCUCUCUCUCUCUCUCUCUCUCUCUCUCUCUCUCUCUCUCUCUCUGCUACUGGACUGCCUUAGAGACUGCCGCGUGUCUUUGAGCAGAGUUGUGUUGCUCUUUCUAAACUGAUGAUGAUGAUGAUGUUCAUAGGAUCCUCUGUGGACUAUGCCUCGGCUGGUUAGUGUAGCCAUCACCUCAAGCUGUACAUAGAUUUUUGUUUUACUCUUUUACUCCUCGAGUAUAAAAACAAAAGCUUUUUUUUUGUUCCAAGUGCAGUGUGAUUGUGAAUUGGAUCACACCAGUUUUAAUUUAACUAUCAAAGAAUAAGGGAAAUUGAUUGAACAGCUUUUAUAGCUGUUUGGACUCUAUUGGGUGUAGGAAUUGUCAAUAUAAUGAUAUUUGUAAGAUAAAACUUGGUAAAUCAGUUGUUUUCAUCCUCUGAAAUAACGUCAUAAACGUUGGCUGCCCUUUACCUGGAAAACAUCACAAAAUAUGAGUUUUGUGAAAGUAAGACAAACAAAAACAUGUUUUGUUUUGUACAAAUCCUUUUUUGGUACAACUUCUGGGCAUAUUGAUUAUAUGAAUUGUCAUCAAGCUCCUGUAUCUGAAGUUGCUUUUCUUUAUCAGCCGAAAGUGUCUGAUAAUGAGGGAAGGAGAUUGGUAGAGACAGAUUGGUAGAGUGGGGAUAUAUAACCCUGACAUCUGGCUUGUCAUCGCUCUUCUGAUCACUCCAUCACUCUCUCUCUCUUUCUCUCCAUCAAGUCUGUUCAUCACGCUGCGCCUAUUUAUGAAACAAUAACUGUAGGUGUUUUAUUUUUAUUUUUAAGCCCUUAUGUUUAAUAGCGUUGAUGAUGGCUGUCUUCUCUUGUUUCAUUUGGGUUCCUUUCUCUUUGGCAGAAAAACGUCUCCAGGCAACAACAAUGUGAAGAAUUGUAUUCUUAUUUUUAGUUUCUAAUGUGUUUGAAAGAAAUAAAGUCAAACCUGCAUUUUUGUGUGCAGUAAUCAGUCA